AAAUGAAGUCACAACCUCUUCCCAGAGGAUAAUACCGGACCUCUGAAUGUUCAGGAAUGUAAGCCGAAGCGAAGAGAUGGGACUAGUGUCGGGCCGACAUGGUUGGACUGGGGAAGCCUGCCACGGCCGGUCAUGAAUGAAUGUUUUGCACGUGCGCAAAGGGGCACGUCGACAAUGACAACAUUUGGACCAUGAAGUGCGCAACGGACGGAACUACGACUAUGACUAAAGGUCACGAUAGGCGAGGCACUAAACGGUGGCCUUCACCGCUCUUGCAUUCAGGCGGUUUCCCCUGGCGCAUGGCCUCGCAUCGUUUCGUUAUUUGCGGGGGAGUGCUGGGAGCCACUCGGAGCAACGACAGUUUGCUGGGGAUUGCCGAAGUCUUGAGCGCCACGGCACCAAGGCACUCUAGGAGGAGGAGGACGCCGGGCCAAAUCUCAAUUCAGGACCAGCGGCGCGCGACUAUCAAACACAUGAAGACGAAGUCAGAAGCACCCGAUGGAAAUACGGGAACACUGACAUUGGGCUGGAGUAUAUUGCACGCCCAUGAAUUAUUCCGGUGCAGAGGCUUUUUUGAGAUGCCGGGCCCGCUCGCUUAGAUACCGUGCAGAUUGCAAGUCGACCGACAGCAUCUAGAGCAAGCGACCGACAGCGAGGCCGGAGCAUGACCAGACAGGAACAAGCGGAUGAUGUGCUUCGCGCGCGACGAUGCAGCGCAGGCCGUGGCUCAUGGACGCAUGUUGGAGAAAAGCAGUAGCCAAACCACAGUGUGGGAAAC